AUGAUAAAUCAAAUUACAGAAUUAUUAAAUCUUUCAAAAGAUUUUCAAAUAAGAAAAGAUGUUUCAAAGUUUAAAGAAUUUUUAAAUCAACUCAUGGGCUUUAUAAUAACCAAUAAUAAUAUUAAAAAUGAAAAACUAUAUAAAUUUAAUCUAUUAUCAAUUCGUUUCUUAAGAAAUUUAUGUGCAAAUGUUAAUGAAAAUCAAGAUAUAAUUGUAUCGAAUGAUUUAUUUAUAAACUAUUUACUUCAAGAACUAAUUGAAAAUUCCAACACAACAUUAGAUAAUGAAAUUGAAAACAAUAGAAAGAAGAAUAUAUUGGUAGCAUUACAACAGUUAUUAAUCAAUAGUAUUGUGCAAAAUGAAAACACUCAAACUUUAUUAUGGGACCAUUAUAAAUUAUUUCCAAAUAAAUUAUUCUUAUUAAUUAAUAAUAAUAGAAAUGACUGCUUUAAAAUUUUACCAACCAAUUUAAUGUUAAUAUAUAAUUUAAUAUUAAAUAGCAAAGAAAGAAUGAAAGAAAUAUCAAGAAGUGAAUCAGAAAAUAAUAAUAAUAAUAAUAAUAAUAUCGAAUUUAUAAAAAGCAUUUUAGAUUUAAUUAAAGAUGAAGAUAAUAGUAAUGAUGAAGAAUAUGAGGAUACUUUAUUCCAUUGGAUUCAUUUAAUAUUUAAAUUAUUAUUUAAAAAUCAGCAAUUUAUAGAAAUAUAUAAACUAUUAUCAACUGCCGAGGAAAUAAUAGAAGUUGUUCCAAACACAGAUUAUGAUAAUCUUCCAACAAGUGGUAAAACAACAUCAACUGCAUCAAUUAACGACAUUGAUGAAUCGAUACCUAAAACCAAAACAAAGAAAUACUAUAAAGAUGGCAAAACUAAUAGAUAUCAAAUUAAACUAUUAAAUCUAUUAGACUCAACCAUUAAUGAUAACGAACAAAAGAAUGUCAAAGAGUAUAUUGAAAACAACUCAAUCAUCGAUAUCAAAACCUGCUUUUACAUGUUGGAUGAAUUAUCAAUACUUUACAAUAUGGACUUUAGCCGUAAAGACCUAUCAGGCGAAACCCAAAAGACAACCACUGCACUUAACCAAUUCGAUUUCGAUGCAGUUUUUUUCUUUAUUAAAAUAUUUGCAAACAUUACAACCUACUCUGAUGAAAUGGUACAUUUACAACUAACCAAAUACAAAACCAACGAUAAAAACUCUGCCACCCAAGAGGUAGAUUCAAUGUCAAGAGUACUAAGCGAAACCAAUCAACAUGACAAUGCAAUCGACCCAAGCUCUACAGAUAAAUAUGAUUUAAAUACACUUUUAAGAAAAAAAGGUUUAGUUGGUAUUUGUAUAGGUUCAUUACACGGCAAUUAUGACGGAAGUAACACUGCACCACCAAGCGAAACAGACCAAGACAACACCAAUAUUAAAACUAAAGGUUUUAAUCAAUCCUGUGAAUCUGAAGAUAAAGGUUUUAAAAAAGAAAUUAUUCGUAUUUUAGGUAAUUUAGCUCACAAGAAUUUUAAUAACCAAAAUGAAAUUCGUGAAUUGGGUGGAAUAGAAUUAAUUUUAAAUCAUUGUCGUUUUGAUAUUAAAAAUCCAUACAUCAAAGAGUGGUCUGUAUUUGCAAUUAGAAAUUUAUGCGAAGAAAAUCAAGAAAAUCAAAAUGUUAUUAAUAAUCUAAAGAUGGAAGGUAUUGCAAAUCAAAAGGAACUUAAUGAUCUAGGAAUUGAAGUAGGCGUUGAAAAUGGCGCUGUUAAAUUUAAAAAUGCCCCAAAAAAAUAA